CUCCUCUACAGUCGUCUCUCCAUCCAGCCGCGCAUCGCAUCCUGCUCCAGAGCACCUCCAGGAUGGUCCGCCGCUGCGCCGACAACCUUCACUUCACUUUCAUACUCAUUUAACCCUCCCUCGGACCCCCACCGGCCGCCCUGCUACACCCAUGCUCUGCCCUCCUCCUGAGAUGCGAUACCACUGCACAAUUUCCCGGAGAAUAUCUUCAUCUUCCGUCGCUCCGCGCUGAUAGAGAGCAUGCCCGACACGGGGACGGCAGCAGCAGCGGCAGGCGCCGCAGCCGCGGCGGCCACCAGCGGUGCGUCCGCCGCCUGCGACGGCCCCGAGAGCUCCCGGCACCGACACCGAGCGCAGCAGGGAGACGCGGAGAGGCCGGACCCGGGCACUGCCCCGCCGCAAACCUCCUCCGGUGUACUGGAUAAGCUGUUUGGAAAGCGGCUGCUGCAGGCUGGGAGACAUAUCAUGUCUCAUAAGUCUUGGAUGAAAACGGUGCCCACAGAGAACUGUGAUGUCCUCAUGACAUUUGCAGACACUACAGAUGACCACACGUUACUAUGGCUACUAAACCACAUCCGGCUGGGAAUCCCAGAGCUCAUCAUCCAAAUCCGACAUCAUAAGCACACACGAGUCUACGCAUUCUUCGUCACCGCCACAUAUGAAAAUUUACUGAGAGGUGCUGAGGAAAUGGGACUGAGGAAAGCGGUGAAGCCCGAGUUUGGUGGAGGAACACGAAGCUUCUCUUGUGAGGAAGACUACAUCUAUGAGAACAUUGAGAGCGAGCUGUGCUUCUUCACCUCACAGGAGAGGCAGAGCAUCAUUAAGUACUGGCUGGACAAUCUACGUGCCAAACAUGGGGAGGUCCUUCAUAAUAUCAACUUCCUAGAGGGCCAGCCAAUCAUCCCGGAGCUGAGUGCAAGAGGUGUGAUCCAGCAGGUGUUUCCCCUCCAUGAGCAGAGGAUCCUCAGUCAGUUGAUGAAGUCUUGGGUUCAGGCUGUUUGUGAGAAACAGCCUUUAGAUGAUAUCUGUGACUACUUCGGGGUGAAGAUCGCCAUGUAUUUUGCCUGGCUGGGUUUCUACACCACUUCUAUGUUGUAUCCUGCUGUGAUCGGCUUUGUGCUUUGGAUGCUCACAGAGUCAGACCAGACGAGCCGUGACAUCUGCUGUGUGGUGUUUGCUCUGUUCAACGUGGUGUGGGCCACUCUGUUCCUGGAGCGUUGGAAGAGGAGGGGCGCUGAGCUGGCUUACAAGUGGGGAACACUGGACACGCCGGCUGAAUCCCUGGAGGAGCCGCGGCCUCAGUUCCGGGGAGUGAAGCGCUGCAGCCCCGUAACAGGAUGCGAGGAGUUCUACUAUCCUCCAUGGCGGAGGCGUGUGUUCAGAUGGCUGGUCAGCCUGCCCAUCUGUAUCCUCUGUCUCUGUUUUGUCUUCCUGGUCAUGCUCAUCUGCUUUGAGCUGCAGGAGUUUGUGAUGGGGAUCAAGGAAAUGCCUCGGCUAGCUCGCUUCAUCCCCAAAAUCAUGCUCGCUAUCACUGUGACUGCAUGUGACGAGGUGUAUAGGAAAAUUGCCUGCUGGCUCAAUGACAUGGAAAACUAUAGACUCCAGAGUGCCUAUGAGAAAAAUCUCAUCAUCAAAAUGGUUCUUUUUCAGUUUGUAAAUUCUUAUCUCAGCCUUUUUUACAUUGGAUUCUACCUCAAAGACAUGGAGCGCCUGAAAGAGAUGCUGCUGGUGUUGUCUCUGUUGCGGAGUCUGCAGCGGCAGGUCCGGGUCAAUGUGCUGCCCUCCCUCAUCCUCAAGAUCCAGAUGUGUAUGGUCUCUGUUCCUUGGUUCUUCAGGGCUUUACUCAGGUCCAAAAUGCUGGCCACUCUACUCAUCAUACGCCAGUUCCUUCAAAAUGUGAAGGAGGUGCUGCAGCCUUACCUGUACGAGCGCCACAAGCUGGGGGAGCUAACACUGAGAGCUGUGUGGGACCUGCUGCUCUCAGUGCUGCUGAAAUAUGCCCGACUGGCAGCUGGAAAAGCCCAGGCCUCUCCCACUGACCAGGCCAUGCCAGGACCUGGUCUGAGGGGUACCAGGCCUGGACUGGGGCAGCCAGAAAGAAGGGACAAGAAGUGUUUGAACGGGGGAUGUGGAGUGCCUGAUGAGGAGGAGGGAGGUGAGAGAGAUGAGGCUGACAGUGGGAGGUUCAGUGAAGGAGAGACGGAGGAGGAAAGUUUGAUCGACUGCGGUUUGAAGCUGAGGAAAGUCAGCUUCAUAGAGAAGGUGGACAGAAGGCCUGCUUAUCCUGGGCCCCCCAUGGACCACAGUUUCCUGGAGGAGGGGAGCCCCACUAUGGUGGAAAAAGGAAUGGACCCUGCCUCUGUGUUUGAAAUGUGUGACGAUGACGAUGAUAAUGGCAUCCAUGAUGUGAAGGACGCAGCAGGAGGUGGGACUGAGGGAAUUAACGCUGCUUCUGCUGCUGCUGCUGCUGCUGCUGCUGCUGCUGGCAGCGCUGCAUCGCUGCCUUCUGGGUCUGAGAGCAGCACGUCACUGCGUCACAGAAGAAGAGGCCGAAGCGCAGAGAGAGUUGAGGCGAAAACGAAAAGGGAAUCGUGGAUGGAUCCUCCUGAGGAGAGAGAGAGCACCACGCUCACUCAGGCUGAGAUGGAGAGCUGCAUGCAGACAUAUGCUGACACCUUCCAGGACUACCAAGAGAUGUUUGUCCAGUUUGGCUACGUGGUGCUCUUCUCCUCUGCCUUUCCUCUGGCUGCCAUGUGUGCUCUCAUCAACAACAUCAUUGAGAUCCGCAGUGAUGCCUUUAAGCUGUGCACUGGUCUGCAGAGGCCUUUUGGAAUCCGAGUAGAGAGCAUCGGCCAGUGGCAGACUGCAAUGGAAGCAAUGGGCCUGAUUGCCAUCAUUGUGAAUUGCUACCUGAUUGGUCAGUGUGGUCAGCUGCAGCGCCUCUUUCCAUGGCUCAGCCCUGAGAUGGCCAUCAUCUCCAUCGUCAUCCUCGAGCACUUUGCUAUCCUAUUAAAGUACGUCAUCCAUGUGGCUAUUCCUGACAUUCCUACGUGGGUCCGAGAAGAGAUGGCUAAACUGGACUACCAGCGCAGAGAGGCCUUUAAGAAGCACGAGCGGCAGGCACAGCAGCAUUACCAGCAGCUGCAGAGGAGGAAGAGGGAGGAGGAAGAGCGGCAGCGGCAGGCGGAGCAUAUGGCCCGCAGAGAAAGGGAGCGGGAUGACAGCAAAGGUGACUCCUCUGGGGAUCACCACCACGACAAAAGUCAUGGCAGCAAAUCACGUUCUGGAGGUGGAGGAGGGGGCAGCGGGUCGGACAAGCCCAAGAGGCCGAGCUCCCUGCUGGCCAAUAAUAACGUGAUGAAGCUGAAACAGAUCAUCCCCCUGCAGAGUAAGUUCUCCUCAGGCGGUGCACGAUCCCCUCAGUCACCCACCGGCAGCGAGCCCAAACUGCCCGGGUUCCUGAGCUUCAAAUUCCUCAAGUCACCUGAGAAUAAGAAGGAAGGUGCCGCAGCUUCUGUGGCCACCGCCACAGCCACUAACACCACGGCAACAGCAUCGUCAUCAUCAUCAUCCUCAUUAUCAGGCAGCAGCUCUCAGGAGCGUUCUCAGUCACCCAGCAAAGCCUUCAACCCUGGGAAGCUGUUUAACUUUGGGAAAUCUGAGGGAGGAACGUGUGUGAACGGGGCUCCGCUGCCCAGAUCUGGAGAAGGAUCAUCAUCACAGACAUCAGAGAGACAACCCUCACGAUCUGACUUGAAUGGUGUUCCAGACGAGAUCCCCUCGCCUGGAGGGGAAGGGUCCGAGAACGGUCAUUCAACAGACUUGGACCCAGCCGGUUCUAAAAUCUAAUGGCUCCAGAGAGAAAAAAAACUUUGGUCUUUGGUUACAUCCUCACCGAAGAGGUGAUGUGUUUACUGUGAGGAAAGGCCUGACCCACCUUCUGUGCUGUCACAGGCCAUGUGUAGAAGUACUUGAAGCAGAGCGGAGAUGAAACUGAUGAGAGACGACUGCUGUUUUGGUUUGCUUUUUAGCUGACAGACACAAAACAGGCUUUGUAAGAAAGACGUAAGCCCUUCUAUCAUGACCGAAAAAAACCAACACACACACACACACACUCACACGUACACACACACGCUCCCUUACACACACACAAACAUACCAAUACUUCCUUGUCUGCAAUACAUAAAGAAAUGCAUGAGCUGCGUUUCUAAUAUUUUUAAGCCUUUAAAGCAGAGAGCUGUGUUUCUUGAUUUCUUCUAGUCAGAAAUUGUAAGCAUCUCUGUGGCCUCACAUUAGGACAUAACAGCCUGCUGUGGAGGACAGAGAUUUCAAAAACUUACAUGGUGGUACGAAAGGAUUACCGAUAAAAUAACUACUGAGAGUGUUUUUUAGGUGUUACAACACAAGUGAUCAUUAGAUAUCUGUCUCAUUUUUACCUGUGAGGAAUUCUUGGGCCCUUCACUUUUGUACUGAAGUGGAAAAAUGGAAAAGCAAUAUCAGUCAGUGUUUUAAUAAUUCUUAUCAAGAUCCCCUCCUUAAUAAUCACCCGAUGUAUCACCAGCUUUAUUUUCAAAGCAGAGGUGAUGUCUGAGCUUUGAACACUUCCUCCCAUCCUGUUGCAAAAAAACUGAUUUGUUUGAAGUAAAGAGCUUAGUAAGUCCAGUUAUCAGAACCAUUAUUUCUCCCAAGAAUGCAAAAUGGAAGGUAGACUAGAAAAAAGGAAACAAAAUAAAUAAAUAAAUAAAUAAAUAAAGGAAAAGCAGAUGAAGGUGAUUUUGAGAAAAUGGAGCAUGGAUGCCUGUUCCAUGCUGUUCUCCAUCCAAGCCCAUAGAGCACCUUGUAAACACAGAUGGUGCUUCUCUCCACACACUCUACCCAGACUUGGCAAAUGAGCAUCGACUUAAAGAAGUAACAUUUGCACUAAACCCUGACGCCCUGCAUAGAAAUGCGUCUUUCUCUGCAGGAGAGAGGCCCGACACCAGCCUGCCUCAUUACGUUAUGCAAACGCUGGACUUUAUUUAUUUUUGUUUCCUCUUUUCACAUGGUGUUUGCGAUCUUUCUCACCUGUCCCUGCUCUCAGAAAGUAUGGGAUUUCAGAAUAUUCAGACGAGCCGAUGUUUUGUUUUGUAUUUACAAUAGUUGGUCUCCAUAUUGCUUUUAUGUGCACUUUUUUGCAGAUGAUGGAAGUUUCCUUUUUUACAAUUAAAGCAGAAUUUUUAAGAUUAUACUGUCAACCCAAGAUGUACCGUACUCUACAGAUGGCUUAGGCACUACAAGGAAGUGAGGAUUCUUUCAAAAAUAUAGUAAUUACUAUUAGAUUAAAGUGCAGUAAACAAACAAACAAAAAAAACAACAACAAAGAUGUGUCUGGGUCGCACCAUCUGUUGAUGGAGUCCACACACUUCUUGUUGCUGAAGAUAGUGCUUUACAACCCUGAAUAUAUGGUUGUUAACUUGAAUCGGACCCAUGAUGGAUAAGAAUAUAAACAUAUGAAAGUGCCCGAGACGUUUGCAUAGUACUGUAUUGUCUGUAUAUUCUGUUGUACUUCAACACUACUUAUGGUUAAAAAGAAAUCUUCAAGUAACCAAUCUCAUCAUCUACCAUUUAACAGGUAUUUCACUUCUGCAGGGUCUCCAGAAGGUGGUGCCAGUUCAUCUGCAUAGAAGAAUGUUGUUCUGAUUCAUGAUUGUGUUUUCUCCUAACAUCUGUUACUCGUCAUCAGUGUUCAGCAGAGGCGGCAAAAUUUUGGUGUCCGGCGUCAGUUUAGGUGCACUUUGAAAGGGAAACGCAUUAUAAAGUCAUGAGAAGAGGUACACGCUGACAGGUUUUAGAGGCCAUUGCACUGUACUGUAGGCUGAGAGAGAGAAACAUUAACUAUGCAUUUCCACAUGUUCACCUCCAGCAAGGAUUCUGGCAAUAACACUGAGUUGAAGUUGACUUUUAAUACAAUAUAAUGCUAGGUUAAACUCCCCUCCUCCAGCUCAGACUGCGUUCUCCCCAUCCCAGACUCUAUGCAUCUUUUCUUUGUGUCCCCUCACUUGUCACUAUUGGUGUCAGCUCCCUCCUGUCUCACACUUAAUGUAAAGAAUCUGCCCUGAUCCACAAUUAAAACAACAAUUUAUUCCAUUGGCUGCUUUGUGUUUACAGAAUUUGACAACUAGUAACAGUUUUUUUGUGGGUUUUGUUGCUGCUUCAUGUUUCAAUUUUUUUUAAGUGUAGUCCAUUUUCCAGUCACCCGCCUAAGAAAAAAAGAGAUGAAAAUUUACUUCCACAGACGGGCAAAAAGAUCUUAUUGGUAUUAAAUGUGUCCCAGGUAUCAUUUUACUGUCAUUUUGCAGUACGUUCUUUUUUAUAUCUGGACGCCACUGUUCAUUAUAAAUGUAAAAUGAGAAGUGCAAGGCUGAGAGACAUUUUAUACGUGUCGUGUCUUUGGGCAUCAUUCUCACAGUUAAAGGGGACGACGGAGAUCAGGAUGGUACAACGUAGCUGAGAACAGUUUAAUGAAACCCAUUGGAUAUCAGGGAUGAAUGACAUCAUGAUGCAAUGGAGUCCAUUCUUCGUCAUUUGAACAUUUGCUCAGAGAGGAUGUGAGUGAAAUGUGAAGGCAGAGAUCAGGUCACAGUGAAGAGGAGGUUAAGUCGUGUCUGUGUGCAUAUUCCGCUUUAUUUAACAGCUUCAUAGAGUAGAAAUGGAUAGUAUAAACCAAUUUACCACUUCUUUCAACCUUGCACUCUCAGCUGUAGCAAAACAUUUGGCGUCCUGUUAUUAUAGAGGUCUUGAAAUAAGCAUUAAUUGAGAUGAAGUAACAGAUUUUGAACAGCUUUUGGUUUCACCGAAAACUGCAUCCGAUGCCAGAAGCAGCAGCAUCACUGUUGUAUCGAGCCAAACGCAGGAAUCCCCUCGUAUUAGAACUGCAGCUCAGACAGCUGAGAUUCCUCACACAUCUCUAAUUCACUAUCAAAGCAACUGUUUCUUUCAUGAGUUUGGGCUUAUCUUCAGUGUAUAAGAAUUAUCAAUGUGAAAUCAGUGGUAAAGGACUGAGUGGAUUUAGUAAAUGAAAUGUGUUCCGGAUUUUCAGAGUGGAUGUGAAGAGGUUACAGCUACAUUAAAACCUGACCCUAACCUCAAAAUUGAGACAUUUUCAUGGAAGCCUCACUUACAGAACAUCAUACGCUCUUCCAAUGUACCACUGUACAAAAAAAAAGAUCUUUUAAAGAAAAAUACUGGGAAAUGGGAUUUAUUUCUUUUAAUUUAUUUUGUCAUAUUUUUGUAAGACCUGAAAAAUAGUUAAUAAAACUAUUUCAAAUGCA